AUGUCAGAGAAGGCGCGCUUCCUUGGUCCCACAAGAUGGCGACAUUUAGUAGAGCGGGCCUGGAGUGCUCCCACUCUGAUGGAACAUACUGGUACUCUUGCAGUGACACAACAGGGUGCACAGUUACUGCUAGCCUCAAAUUUUCUCUCCCUCUUUCAGGAUGAACCUCAAGACGAGCCCAUCUAUAUGGAAUGUGAGGCCAACACAGACUUGGUGCCCUGCAAAGUGCUUCCUUCUCCAAUCCUGGAACCUCUAACCUGCCUCUUGAAGCAAGCCAAAACCAAAAUUUCUCCACUAGGACCUCAGCAGGGCUUCCCAGAAAACAACCCUGAGGCUAGGUGCCUCAAAACUGAUGUCCUUCCAGAGGAUCCUGAUAUGAAAAACGCAGCAUGGUAUGCAGGCAGUUGUGACCGGCGUACAGCUGAAGCAGCUCUCCUCCGGUUUAAUAAGAACAGUGCCUUCAUGGUGCGGCAGAGUUCACACCACUCUCUGAGCCAGCCCUUCACCCUGGUGGUUCUCUACAAGAGUCAUGUCUACAACGUUCCCAUCCACUACCGGGAGAGCAGCUGUCAGUUUGUGCUUGGCAAGGAUGGGAAGAGCCAUGAGGAGCUGUUUGACAGCGUUUCCAGCAUCAUCCAGAAGUACUCAGAGCGCCCCCUGGUGCUGAUUGACGGCAGCACUUCUGCCAAGGAGCAAACUCGCCUGUUGUUCCCGGUGACGCCCUGAAGGGGGCGCCUGGAGAUCGGCUGGGUGCA